GGCGCAUGCGCCCAUCGCAUGGCCCUUGGCGGGCCCUUCAGGCGCGGCGGAGGGCCGGGGUUUGACUGAGGUUCCUCCAUGGCUCCUGGGAUGGAAUGGCUGCUAAGACGAUGGAAGGAAUUGCUUCCUGGUCUGACAACCCGUGCCCUCCAGAGGCAGUAUCGCUAUAGAUGUCACCAUGGCCCCCCUCACAGAGCAAAGCGUCUGGUGCUGUCCCAGCUCUUUCAGCCUCUGAAUCUUCGAGAGGUUGGGCUGGAGAGCAAACCUGACGAUCUGACAUGUAAGAGUCAGAGGCUGAUGAUACAAGCAGGGUUAAUCUACCCCUCUAGCCCCGGCUGCUACUACUACAUGCCUUACACUGUUCGAGCAAUGGAGAAGCUUGUCAAGGUGAUAGACCAAGAAAUGCAGGCUAUCGGGGGGCAGAAGCUAAAUAUGCCCAGUUUAAGUUCUGCAGAGCUCUGGAGAACCAGUGGGCGGUGGGAUUUAAUGGGCAAAGAGCUCUUCCGACUUGCAGACAGACACAGCAAAGAGUACUGUCUGGGGCCAACUCACGAAGAGACCAUCGCAGACCUGGUUGCCUCCCAAGCGAACUUGUCUUACAAGCAGCUGCCGCUCCUGCUAUAUCAGAUAACACGGAAGUUUCGAGAUGAGCCCAAGCCCCGUUUUGGCUUGCUGCGCAGCAGGGAAUUCUACAUGAAGGACAUGUACACAUUUGACACUUGUGAGGAAGCUGCUCGCCAGACCUACAGCCUGGUGUGUGAGGCCUACUGCAACGUGUUUAACAGCUUGGGGUUCCGCUUUGUCAAAGUGCAGGCAGAUACGGGCAGCAUUGGGGGGAGCAUGUCCCACGAAUUCCAGCUCCCUGCAGGCAUUGGAGAGGACAGGCUGAUGAUCUGCUCCAACUGUAGUUUUUCAGCCAACGUGGAAACAAUAAAUCCUGACCAGACAGACUGCCCAGUUUGCAAAGGAAAACUGUCUGAGAGCAAAGGGAUUGAAGUUGGGCAUACGUUUUAUCUGGGCACCAAGUACUCUUCUGUUUUUAAUGUCAACUUCCACACUGCCCAAAACAAACCUGUCCUAGCAGAAAUGGGUUGCUAUGGCUUGGGCAUAACUCGGAUUCUGGCUGCUUCUGUCGAGGUGCUUUCAACAGAAGACAGCAUCCGUUGGCCAACCCUCAUUGCACCUUACCAGGUCUGCUUCAUUCCCCCUAAGAAAGGCAGCAGGGAAGAGAUGGGUGCGGUGCUAAUGGAUAAUUUAUAUGACAGUAUUGUCGAAGCCGUGCCUCAGAUUAAAGGGGAAGCUGUGCUGGAUGACAGGACUCAUUUGACCAUUGGUAAAAGAUUAAAAGAUGCUAACAGACUUGGUUACCCGUAUGUUAUAAUAGCUGGGAAGAAAGUUUUUGAUAAUCCCCCCGAGUUUGAAGUUUGGAAUCAAAACAGUGGCGAGAUCAUGUUCCUUACUAAAGAAGGUGUAAUUGAAUUGCUAAGUAAAGUGCAAGUUCCCUGACCUUCCAGUCUUUGGUCUGUGAUCCUUGAUGUUUUACCCAUAUCUAAAUGUAUCUAGUUCCCUCUUUAAGGAUUAUAGUUACAGGUGAAAGAUUACUCUUGUUUGAGUGGAAACUACACAUGACUUCCCGUGUUGCUAGGAACUGAGGCUUGUUUCUAUUAAUGGCACAUAUUUGGCUUGAAAUCUAAUUGAUUUCAAAAGAUGAGUUUAAAAGUACUUUCAGAUCCUUCACUUGUGUCUGAGUCUCCCUGCUAACUUCUGUGGCUUCACAGUCAUGUUUCCCUGUUCUUUUUAUGUUUUUUCUCACCCUUAUUGCUGUGUAAAGGAUCCACACAAACAGAGGGGAAAACCAACCAUGGCUUUGAUCCUGUCAAGACUUACAUAUGCUUACUUGUAUUCACAGAAGUAGUGCCAUGCGUGAGUAAAAAUGCAGGUUCAGGCCCUAGUGGUCUGUACAAGGGCAACAGUGAAACUGACUAGACACAGAUUUGUCAAAUGUACAAAGGGGAGAGGAUGAGAUUCUUCACUGAUCUCUUUCAGAUGUUGCAUUCUCACAUCUUGUUUAAUGGUAAUAGGUUUUAAAAACAAAACUUGAGACAGAUGUUUGUCCUAGUUUUAGUUAACUGUCUUCUCCCUUUAAUUUGAGUCCAAAUGCUAACUCUGAAGGUUAAUAGGAAUACAGAUUUAAUUAAGUUUUACAGAUACCUAACCCAGAAAAAUAGUGUUCAAAGUGCAUUAGAAAUGUUAAUCUGAAUUAAUUAAAUUAAGAAUAUCAUCAGUCACUACGACCCAGUCCUGCACUCAGAUUCAGGUGGGAGGACUCUGGCACUAGCAUAUAGUCUCAUACCCUAGUGUUAGGGUGCCUAGGUGUAGGGAUCCCCAACCUAGAGUUAGAGUUCCUAUGUGUAGGCCACUUGGAGUUUGUGUUAGGUUUCCUAUGGGUAGGGCUCCAGUCCCUCUGGUUAGAGUUCAUAUAGGUAGGGCUCCCCAUCCUAGGGUUAGUGUUUGUAUGGUUAGGCCUCUUGGAGUUAGGGUUCUUAUGGGUAGGUCACUUGGAUUUAGGGUUCCUAUGAGUAGGCCACAUUGAGUGAGGGUUAGGGUUCCUAUAGGUGGGGCUCCCCGUCCCAGGGUUAGGGUUCCUACAUGUAAGGAUCCCCACCUAGGGUUAGGGUUCCUAUCGGUUAGCCACUUGGAGUCUGCGUUAGGGUUUUUAUGGGUAGAGCUCCCCACCCUAGGGUUAGGGUUCCUAUGCAUAGGGCUCCCUGUCCUAGGGUUAGGGUUCCUAUGGGUUGGGAUCCCCAUCCUAAGUUUAGGGUUCCAAAGGGUAGAUCACUUGUAGUUAGCGAUAGGGUUAUGGGCAGUGUGUGUAGAGCCCCCCUUCAGGGACGCUAACCCUUGGCUACACCCCUUUCUAUUGCGUCCCCUCUCUGUAGCUGGAGCCCUGAGACCCCCUGCCCCAUCCUCGGUCAGAGGAGUCCCAGGAUGGCCGGCG